AGCGGAAACAGAUGCACAGGGAAAAGGCCAAGGACUUCGUCCUCGCCCUUAAGACACUCAUCCGACAACAUCCGGUCAUGUGCCACGAAAACCACCUAGAACGUAUUUAUGACGGUCUGCGAGUCGAAUACCGACUCUUCGUAAAAAGAAGCGAAUUCCAAACCAUCGAGGAACUCAUGGAGCUCACCGAUGAGUACGAACUGCUCAAAAACGAAGAAGCCAGACAAAGUAGACAAGCGGCACACAGCCUUUCCACCAUAAGUAACCGGUACGACGCAAGGAACACCUGCUGGCGCUGCAAAAGGCGUGGGCACCAGCGUUACCAUUGUCACUACCCACGGCGACUGUUCUGUUCCCGUUGCAGUCAAGAUGGAAAUCUCUCCAGAAACUGCCCAUGCCCCAAAUCAAUCAAUACCGCGCCACCCAUCGCCCAAGCCACUACAGUGCAAUCCGAAUGGAGAAGUAUCGACGGUCGCUUCUACGCCGACGUCACCAUCGAAGGCCUACACGUACGAGCACUGGUGGACACCGGAGCCACUCUAACAUACGUAGACGACAGCACGCGCGUGCAUUUAGAGCGACUCAACAUCCAACCUCAGCCUAAUAAGCGGAACGUCCAACUCGCGGAUCAGACAUGCGUUGCCAGUACACACACCUACCCCGUCAGAAUCAAAUACCGUUAGCCAAGAAGUCUCGGCCAUAUACCGCCUUCACCGUUCCCGGCCGAGGACUUUUUCAAUGGAAGGUAAUGCCC